AUGCAAGAAAAAAUUACAGCGUUAAAUUUACAAAUUUAUUGGCACGAAUCUCAACCUAUAUAUAGUUUAUCUUUCAGCAACUUCUAUAAUGAUGAGGAAUAUACUCUUUAUACUGCAGGUGGUGAUAAUAAAAUACGACAAUGGAAAAUAAAUAUGGUGAAUAAAUCUGAGGAUUCAUCAAAUCCACUAAUUUCGGCCAUGGACACUAGUAGCAACAAGACAAACAAUAAUAUUAUAGAAAUAGAGCACGUUAGAGAAAUUGGGGAGCAUGCCCAGGCGGUGAACUCAGUAUGUGUAAGCCCCUUAUUUCAACAAAAUGAAGGUGACAGUUGUACAGAUUCUUUAUCCCCAACUCAAGCAAGAACAGUAGAAUAUAUUUCGAGUACAGGUGAUGAUGGUGUAUUACAAUUAUGGAGUAUAACACAUUCUAAUCAAAAAUCAGAUACUGAUGGGCCAUCUCAAUUAUGGCGGACCCAUAUCAGAGGAUUAAACAGUAUGACUGCUGGUGCAGCGUCGGAGUUAUAUGAUAUAUCGUGGUCACCCAAGGGAGAUCGUAUUGCAGUCGCUGGCAUGGAUGGCAAAAUCAAUUUAUUUAAUACUUCUAAUGGUGAACCCUCAAUUAUCGAAAACAUUAAACUUAAAGGUGAGCCUCAGCUAAAUGGGCAAUCAUCAGACGACUCCAGCAAUCAUAAUGCAUGCAUCCAAGGGAUUGCAUGGGAUCCAAGGGACCAAUAUAUUGUAACACAAGGUGUUGAUCGGGCUGUCAAUAUUCUACGAACAAACAAUUUAAAAUUGGAAAAAAGAAUAUGCAAAGAUCCUAUAAGUAAGAAACACUUUUUCCAUAACGAUACUUUGGUUUCUUUUUUCCGUAGGCCAUCAUGGUCACCUUGUGGUAUACUAUUAGCAUUACCUUCAGGUUUGUAUGAUAAUCUAAACUGUGUUUUAAUUUAUACACGUAACAAUUUACAAAAUCCAUCUAUCGCAUUACCUGGCUUAUCAAGGCCUGCAAUUGCAAUUGCAUGGUCACCAAUAAUAUAUGAAUUUGUAGGUAAUACAAAUACCGAAAAAAGACCUUUAAUCAAUUUACCGUAUAAAAUGUUGAUAGCUAUAGCUACAACUACUCAAAUAAUAAUAUAUGAUACAAGUUCAAUUGAGCCGGUUUCUAUCAUCGGUAACUUGCAUUACACACCCAUAACUGAUUUAGUCAUGGUCUCCUGA